AUGUUGAGCCAGUUGAGCACAGCCGUGGUGAAGGACCGGAUGUUCAGGAGAGGGAAGAAAACAAUGGUGAGGAAGAAACUGCUACGAAAAGACGUAGGGGGUCUCGAUGAAAGUGAUGCCGAGGAUGUACUAGAGAGUGUUGUACGUCUGUGCGUCGCACUCGCGGUAGCAGACGGCUCGUUCCUGCAGGGUGAAGGGCAGACAAGCAAUCCCUUGGUACGUUGUGUAGCCAGAGUUGACGAGCACGAGGCCGAAGAUGAAGGCCAGGAUAAGCGUGAGUUAACCCGAGUCAAGUUGUAUGAUGGCGUUCGCCAGUGCAUUGACUAA